GUGAAGAUGCCUGGAGGUGUCGGGGCUGUGGAGACCACGUCGCUCCGAACCAGAGGUUGUACAGGACUGUCAACGAAGCCUGGCACAGCUCUUGCUUCCGGAGCCAGAGAGGCUGACCCAGGAGUCCUCCUGCCCAGCAGCAGGUCUUGAGCUGUCCUUCUCUGCAGGCACAGUCUAGAUGGGAGCAAGCCCUGGAGAGAAAACCAGUGAGUUCAGCUGCUCCAGCCCAAACUAGUUAUGACUGCCCUGAAAUCUGACAAAUCCCAAUUCUAAUCCCCAUACAGCAAAUCUCAGCUGUUAAAAUAACCACCUCGGGAGAGAUGUGGCCUGAGGAUGGGGCCGUGGUCUGCUGUUAAUGCACACGGGUCGGCCAGCGGACUUCAUGUGGAUGGACACGUAGCCAGGUGCAGACUCGAGAGGUGUUCAGAAUGCCAGGAUUCCCUCACCAACUGGUACUACGAGAAGGAUGGCAAGCUUUACUGCCACAAGGACUACUGGGGGAAGUUUGGGGAGUUCUGCCAUGGGUGCUCUCUGCUGAUGACAGGGCCCGUCAUGGUGGCCGGGGAGUUCAAGUACCACCCAGAGUGCUUCGCUUGUAUGAGCUGCAAGGUGAUCAUUGAAGAUGGGGAUGCAUACGCCCUGGUGCAACACGCCAGCCUCUAUUGCGGGAAAUGCCACAAUGAGGUGGUGCUGGCCCCCAUGUUUGAGAGGCUAUCCACGGAGUCUGUCCAGGACCAGCUGCCCUACUCCGUCACACACAUCUCCAUGCCGGCCACCACGGAGGGCAGGCGGGGCUUCUCCGUGUCUGUGGAGAGUGCCUGCUCCAACUAUGCUACCACCGUGCAAGUAAAAGAGGUCAACCGGAUGCACAUCAGUCCCAACAACCGCAAUGCCAUUCACCCCGGGGACCGCAUCUUGGAGAUCAACGGGAUCCCCGUCCGCACACUCCGAGUGGAGGAGGUGGAAGAUGCAAUUAACCAGACCAGCCAGACACUUCAGCUCUUGAUUGAACAUGACCCCGUCUCUCAGCGCCUGGACCAGCUGCGGCUGGAUGCACGGCUCUCCCCACACAUGCAGGAUGCUGGGCACUCCCACUCCCUCAGCACCCUGGACACCAAGGAGAAUCUGGAAGGGACGCUGAGGAGACGCUCUCUGAGGCGCAGCAACAGCAUCUCCAAAUCCCCUGGCCCCAGCUCCCCAAAGGAGCCCCUCCUGCUCAGCCGCGACAUCAGCCGCUCGGAGUCUCUCCGCUGCUCCAGCAGCUACUCACAGCAAAUCUUCCGGCCUUGUGACCUGAUCCACGGGGAGGUCCUGGGGAAGGGCUUCUUUGGGCAGGCCAUCAAGGUGACACACAAAGCCACAGGCAAAGUGAUGGUUAUGAAGGAGUUAAUUCGGUGUGAUGAGGAAACACAGAAGACUUUUCUGACUGAGGUGAAGGUGAUGCGCAGCCUGGACCACCCCAACGUACUCAAGUUCAUCGGCGUGCUGUACAAGGACAAGAAGCUGAACCUGCUGACAGAGUACAUCGAGGGGGGCACGCUGAAAGACUUCCUGCGCAGUGUGGACCCGUUCCCCUGGCAGCAGAAGGUCAGAUUUGCCAAAGGCAUCGCCUCUGGAAUGGCCUAUUUGCAUUCCAUGUGCAUCAUCCACCGAGACCUGAACUCGCACAACUGCCUCAUCAAGCUGGACAAGACUGUGGUGGUGGCAGACUUUGGGCUGUCACGGCUCAUAGUUGAGGAAAGGAAAAAGCCCCCAGUGGAGAAGGCUGCCACCAAGAGACGUACCUUGCGCAAGAGUGACCGCAAGAAGCGCUACACGGUAGUGGGGAACCCCUACUGGAUGGCCCCCGAGAUGCUGAACGGAAAGAGCUACGAUGAGACAGUGGAUGUCUUCUCCUUUGGGAUCGUCCUCUGCGAGAUCAUCGGGCAGGUGUAUGCAGAUCCCGAUUGCCUGCCGCGCACACUGGACUUCGGCCUCAACGUGAAGCUUUUCUGGGAGAAGUUUGUCCCCACAGACUGCCCUCCAGCCUUCUUCCCGCUGGCCGCCAUCUGCUGCAAACUGGAGCCCGAGAGCAGACCGGCAUUCUCAAAACUGGAGGACUCCUUUGAGGCCCUCUCCCUGUACCUGGGGGAGCUGGGCAUCCCGCUGCCUGCAGAGCUGGAGGAGCUGGACCACACUGUGAGCGUGCAAUAUGGCCUGACCCGGGACUCGCCCCCCUAGCCCUGGCCCAGCCCCCUGCGGGGGGGCGUUCCACAGCUAGCACUGCCCCCUCUGUGCCCCACCCCUGCUGUGGGCAGGGCCGUCCGGGCUUCCUGUGGAUUGGCAGCUUGUUUAGAAGCAGAACAAGCCAUCCCUUCUACCUCCCCAGGAGGCGAGCGGGGGCAGCACCAGGGCAGCGCAUCUCCCAGGUUCUGGGACCUGGUUACUGUCUGUAAAUCCAGCACUCGCCUAAAAGCUGUGAAGAAGAAAAAAAAGACAAAAACAAAAAGCCUGGUCCCUGUGCCAGGAGGAAUCUGUUACUGGUGACCACUCGGGAACUCCCUGGCGGUGGGAUUCCGGGAGGCUCUUGUGCUUACACUAAUCAGCGGGACCUGGACCUGCUGGGCAGGAUCCCAGGUGAACCUGCCUGUGGGCUCUGAAGCCCCUGAUCCAGCGGGUGCAGGAGGACUUCAUGUGCAAGCAUGGAGGAGCGAAAGCAGCAAUCCAGCGAUGAAAGAUGACAGUGGUGCUACUGCCUUGCACUCCACGUCCCGCCCUCCCCGGGACAAGGGUUGAGGGAGUAGGUUUUGAAGAGUCCCUUAGUCUGUCUUUGGUGGAUCUGACCAGGAGUCGGGGGAAGGGCUGGUUUCUGUUCACUUCCUGAGCCCAGGGGCCACAUCAACUCAAGGGGGAGCUCCCGCCUGUGUUCUCAAACUGUGCUGCUGGAGACUGAGAUCUUCUGGGGAGCAUCCUUUCUGCCUGCAACAAGGAGUCAGCCGCAAGUGCAGGAAGAGGCUGAGGUUGGAAGGAAGGCGGCCCUGCCCUCUAGAAAGCCCUGUAUCCUAGGAUCCUGGCUGCUGUUGCUCAUUCCCUGGUGGGCACCUCAGUCAGAAGCCCCGGACAUUUUGCUCAGUGCGUUCUGGAGGACGGUGUGGCUCAUCGCAGGCCCAGCCUAUGGGGGAGGGGGUGGGAAUCACAGCAGUCUCCUGGCCCUACCCUUGUGACAGCCACUGCUCACCCCUCACUGUGCCUAGUGCAGGCAGCAACUUGGGUGGGGAGAGGUGGUGGCAGAAUCCCAGGGUGGAGGUGCUGGGGAAGGCCGCUCCCCCGGCUGGGCUCUCCGGCUUCUUCCUUCCGUGUUGGCUGGCCCAGCUCACAAGCUCCUGGCCCCAGCCUCCUGAGCCACAGCACGUCCUCUCUGGGUGCUGGGGACACCCUCCACCCGGCUCCCAGAGCUAGGGGGUCUUCAACACAAGUAGAUUUGCCUCCACCUAAAUGUGACCUUGCAGCCUAUUUAACAAAUUAGCAGUGGGUUUGGGAUAUUACUGCAGUAUGUGGUGGUUGUAUCGGGGGUGGGGGGAGGAGGCGGGGGGAGUGAUCCAGGAGGAUGGUUGCUGUUAAAACUAUCUUGUUGUAUCUGUGGGGUGAUAUGUGAAAUACUGUACAUAGACCUGGUGAGUUGUGCGGUUAGAUGUCAUCUCUGGCCAGAGUUUCCUUGCUGUGUAGACCAUACUUAGGUGUGGAGUGUGCAGGUUUGCUGGAGGCUCGAGCCCUGGGCUCCCAACGACAGCAAGUUGGUAUCAGGGGGCUGGUUGUGCCUCAGCGGUCCCCAGCAAGCAUGGGGGUGGUGGGCCCAAGCUGGGCCAUUGAGCAGACCAAAUAAAUUAAGCAGUUAACGUAA